AUGAAAGUCGAAUUUACUGACUGGAGAAGAAGCUCAUGGCUUCUGACCCACUGUGGAAAGGCGCUGGCUGUCUGCAGUCGAAAGUUUUGUAUUGUAAUGCGUCUUCUUCUUCGCUUGUUUCAAUACUUAGGAUUCGAUGCAUGGCGCCGGUAUAAGAAUUUAGCAGUGCAGAAGACAGGCUUAUUCAGAAAACCAUCGCGGCUUGUUCAGUCUACGUCUCCUGAAGCCUGGUUCAGAUUUAGAAAUGGUGGGAAAUAUACAGGUGACGAAUUAGAAGGAUCUUGUGUCAUGGAUAAAUUCAACCAGUGUGAUCUUUGUUUCGCAAAACUUCGAUCUUUUAGAGACUGGUGUCCAAGCGACCAGCAGGGCUGGCUGCUACCAUGUCUGCAUGUUGUAUGCUCGCUUUGUAAAGUUAAAAGCCAAGUUCCUUCAAAUCCCCAAAAGAUAAUUUGUCGGUUGUGUAGGACGGAGUGUUCAAAGCAUCUUUUGCUACUUAUUCCAAAUACAAAGAGCUGCUUGUUGAGGUGCGAGACGCGAGCGUGCCCGGAAAAAAAGGUGGCAACGUUUAAAUGUUUGUCAUGCAAUGAACUAUUGUGCCAGGAGUGCAGUUUUGCCCACCGACGUGUUACUGCAACUUCUAGCCAUGUUUUACAACCUAUCGUUCUGAUGACUGAGAGUUGCACAAUAGAUAUAACAUUUGAAGUCAUUCAUUUUGUCUUACAUUUCCAGGCAUCAUGCUCCGAGUGCUUGCAAAUGAGGAUCCAUGAAGGCCCUCAUCAUAUAAUUAGUCCUAUAUCGCACCUUGCUGCAUCAAGUUCUGUUGAGGAAGAAAAAAUCAAAUCGUCAUCAGCUAGAGAGCUAACUCUCAUUGAAGCUACUCUUUCCUCACUUGGUGUUCGAAAACAGGUCGUUUCGGACAGGAUUACCUUCUUGAAAAAAGAAAUUGGAACGAGCGUAGUUAAGGCAUGCAAUGCAAUUAUUCGUCGAGGAUGGGACCUAAUAAAUACGCUGGAUUUUGUGGAAAAUGGCAAGAUCAAAGAGUUUGAUCAUGUAAUUGAAGAGUUAAAAUGGCAACAGAUACGUUUCAAAAAGUUAUCUAGACGUUCUUUAUUGGUUGAAUGUUAUCACGGAACGAGUGCAUUAUUAAACUACAAGGAAGUAAACGAGCAAAAUGUGCUAUAG